ACCUCAGCUGCAGUUCAUGAAAUCCACGGAAAAGGAAAACGUCAUGUAAAAGUAAAAAAAGAAAGAGUAUGAUUCUUAGACGUCCUAAACAUUCCUUCGUACAGAGACAAAUUAUUUUUAGUUUUCGUCGAACGUGUACUUCGCAAUACCACUUUUAUCAAAGAAUUCAUUCAAUCGAAUGUAUCUUCAAGUUUGAAACUCGUUCUGGAUGGUCGAAUGAUUUUAAGAUUUUUCCCUCAUGUUUGAGGCAACUUUGAAACGAACUUAUAUAGAAUCGUUUCUAAAAGCAUAACAGUUUGUAAACGGUACGUUUUUGUCAUGUCUAAGUACGUACGAGGUAAUUUUCGAGACUUUCUUCGUUGAUUGAACUUUCAGAAGAUCGCAAUAUUUUUCAAAUCUUCAACAAUUGCGUUCGCGCUGAAAUUUCAAUUCUCGCCCCUGCGGCGCUUUAACAACCUGGCGCUAGACGUCGUGAUUUACCAGGCCUUUUUGAAUUUGGGGGAAAUUCGUUGUUGCGAGACCGUAGAAGCCCUAACCUUUCUUCGCUGAUGCAGUGCGGUUUAUUUUGAAUACAAAUAAAUAUUGUCAAUGAUGGGAGAUUCGGAUUUUAACGAGCUCCUUCGUUCGGCUGAGCAAUUAUCAGCAGCUGUAGAGGGAAAUGGUGAAUUGCCACAAGUUGAACGAAAUUUAAGGCAGAUUUUAGAGGCUUCAAACGAACUAUGGUCGCGUGUUGCACAGCCCGGCAGUCAGGAUAACCAAGUCCAAGCGCAUCUUCUCCUUGGUUCUCGUGGGGUGGAUCUACCGCAGAUAUCUCAAAAGUUAAAUUCUCUGAGUGCAAGGCGUACCUUUGAACCAUUGGAUCCAGUUGCAGACACAGACAUUGUAAGCUACUUGAGAAAUGAGAAAGAAAAUGCAAUUCUUGGAAUCAUCGAACAAGUGCACAAAGAUACAUUUGAGCUCAAUAGAGUUCAUCAGCUGCAACAUAUGCUGGGAGAAUGGAAACAAAUGCGUUUUGAGAUAAUGAAUGCCAUGACUGCUCCAUCCGGAGAGUUAGUUGACUUACGUGGGGUACCGCAAAGAACUAAACUCGCUGGGACGAUAGUGAGUGGUUUGUCCAAUGUUGAGGCAGCUUAUGCUGAUGCAAUACAAAGCUACAACGACAUGGUAUUGAGAGGCAUAUCACGUCCAAGCCUAUUCAAUGUUUUGACAAAGGCCUCAGAGACUUUCAAUGAUAAAAAAGUAGCAGAUAUGUGGCAGAUGGUAAGAUGCAUGAUCGAUAUUCCCGUGACGCCAACAGGUGAUCAAAUGAAAUCGAGAAGCAGCACUCCAGUUGAAAGGAAGAUAGUCUCACAGGCGAGGAAAUAUUUGGAAAACCGUUACAAAGACUUCAUGAAUUCUGUCAUCAGUGAAAAUCUUGCACAAGCAAUGCGAGGUGGGAUUCCUGGAACUUUACCACUGGUGAAGAGCUUUGUUAGGGUAAAAAUACAAUCGCCACUGGGGUUGGAAGGAAUACAAGUUGACGGAAGACCGCUCUGGCCAUUGGUUUAUUAUUGUAUGAGAGCUGGAGACUUCAAUGCAGCCUUGCAGUGCCUAAAGCAAGCUGGAUCUGGAGUCGACGAAUUUAAAACAGUCCUAGAAGAAGCUGCGAAUAAUGAUAAUAAGCGGCCCAGUAGUAGAGCAGAAUCUAUUGUUAAAUUGCAGUAUCGAAGACACGUGCGGACUGCUACUGAUCCCUAUAAACGAGCCGCUUACUGUAUCCUUGUUCCUUGUGAUCCCGACGAUUUACACUCCGAAGUAAUGUCUACUGCCGAUGAUUACUUAUGGCUUAGAUUAUGCCAGGUCAGAGACCAAGGUGAUUCUGAAAAUAAACUCACCUUGGAUCACUUACAGACCACGAUUCUUGAAGAAUAUGGGGAGAAUUAUUAUCGCGCAAACGAGCAGCCAUUCCUUUAUUUUUCCAUGCUGUUUUUGACCGGACAAUUCGAGGCAGCAAUUGAAUUCUUAGCACGUGGUGCAGGAGCACGAUUAUUACCUCACGCUGUUCAUUUGGCUGCUGCUAUGCACGAACAUAAUUUACUUGGAGUCAGUCAAAGCGUCCUGGCACCUCUGAUAAGUGUUGACCCUAUGGACAAACCCCCAGCAAAAAGGCUAAAUUUUGCCCGACUGAUACUGCUUUACGUUAAAAGAUUCGAGGCUUCCGACCCAAAAGAAAGUCUGCAUUAUCUCUUCUUUUUGAGGUCAAUGAAAGAUCCGUACGAUCGCAACAUGUUUGCAGCAUCUGCCGCAGAAAUGGUCGUUGACGCAUCAGCAGCUAAUAGAACUCUACUAGUCGGAAAAAUAGAAAAGGACCAAAGACUUCCAGGAAUAUUAGAUCAAUUACAAAUAAACACAGAAGACGUAAUAAAUAUUUGCGCUGAUACAUUGAAUCGCAAGGGCCUUCUCGAGGAUGCAGUAACGAUGUAUGACUUGGCUGGAAAUCAUGAGAGAGUUUUAUCACUGAUGUGCUCCUUACUUGCGCAAGUCGUCAGCCAACAAGGAUCUCCCGGCUCACUUAGGUCUAGACUACAAGCAACUGCAAAUGAUUUGAGUCUGAGAUAUGAAGGAACUACUAUACAAGCUUCAUCAGAAUCAAUUGCCACUUUUUAUACCCUGAGAGAUCUUAUGGUCUUCUUCGAUCAAUUCCACAGUUCACAGCAUCAAAAUGCUUUGAGGACAAUCGCAGACUCCAAUUUAUUGCCUCUCCAUGUCAGAGAAGUUGAUGAACGUGUGACGGGACUCCGUCGAAUAUCCUCCGAAGUAACUGGUAUUUUGGCGGAUGUUCUCCUUGCUACGAUGACCAUUCUGUAUCAACUAUAUCAAAAAUUACGCUCGGCUGAACCAGGAGACGAGAUGGCUAGAGAACAACAACUCUCUGAUCUUAGAGAACAAGCAAGAGCUUUAACCAGUUUUGCUGGCACCAUUCCAUACCGUAUGCCAAAUGAGACAAACAGCAGACUUGUUCAGAUGGAAAUUCUGAUGCAUUAGAAAAAAGGUCUAUACAUCUUAUGUCGGCAGACUAACAGAGUCGUAUACGUUGGUGGAACAAUUGCUCGGUUUUAUACUUUCUAAAUACCGUAAUUAGAAAAAUUGGAGGACAGUAAAAGUUUGCCACAAUAUAAAUCCAGAGUUAAUUCACAGUCUUGCACUCUUACAUAUUACAGUUACUGAUAUAAAUAUAAAUAAUUCCGAUUGUUUCAAAAUACAUGCAAAAGUUCGAGUGUGAGACUCUGGAGGAUUA